AUGGAAGAUCACUGUGAAGACAAAACUCCGGCUAAUCUUGUAGAUGCCCUCUUCCGAUUCAUCAUCAAUGCUGCUUGCAAAGACGUUAAACAAAAGAGGAGCAUCAGCCUAAUCAACAUAGAAACCCUAAAGAACGAAGUGGAAGAAGCCAAGAAGACCGGCUCUAUGGACGAAGUGUUUGGAAGAUACUGCAACAAGAGGCCACAGAUGACGGAUUGUCUGAAGAAAACGCGUGAUGCGAUCGCUCCAUGUUUGGAAGAGAAUGAGAAGAACGCCAUCAAUUUCACAGCCAACAUUGUGAAACAGUUGGGAGAUUUCGCUUGUGUCAAAGAUGGAGAUAGAAUUGCACAGGCGCUCAACAUUGCUAAUCAAUUAUGUCAGUACGGCUACUUCUUCCCCAUAAGUGACUCAAAGAACCUAGUAGUUAAAGACGAUAGCUCAUUGUACAGAUUUCAGAAUCCCUAUUAUUGGCCUUGGCAAAACAGAUCACCUGACAAUGUAGAAUAUGCAAUAUAUCUAGCGAAAAGAACGUUGAGGAAUAAACAGCGGCAUGGACUGGAAGAAUACGAACUGGAGUCGCUUAGUAACCUGAAGAAAAAUCUGGCCAACAAAUGGGAUUUCAUCAUGAUACAAGCGGAAGAACAGGUGAAAGCCUCGAAGGGCCUGAAGAAAGCCGACAAGCUGGUGGCGGACUCACAAGAGCGAGCCUAUUGGCGGGUGCAUCGGCCGCCCCCGGGAAUGGUAGGCUCGCUGGAGCCCUGUCCUGUGCCCACGAGGAGCUGGAACGGCGGUUGUCGCACCAGGAAGAGAACCAUCGAGGAUUGCAGGAGGGAGCAAGUAAAGCGAACCAUACACUUCGGUUCUCUGAAAAUGCCAGAUAAUGCAGCUACAGUUACCAACAAACUGAUUCUUGAUGAAAUCAUCAAGACUAGGAACGAACUCAAGAAUUCUAUUGAAGCAAGUGAGGCGAGGUUGCUAUUGAAAUUAGAAGAAGCCAAUGAUAAAAUAAAUAAGCUUGAAUUGGAAAACAAAAUUUUGAAAGAUAAAGUAGAGUAUCUCGAGAGGGAGGCUAAAAGAAAGAAUCUAAUAGUAUUCGGCCUGCAGAAAGCUAGUGAUGAAAUAACACCAGAAUUCAUCUGUAGCGAACUUGAAGAAUUACUUGACGUCAGAGUAAAUCAAUCAGAGAUAAGCGACCUCUAUACCAUAGGAAUAGGCGAAAACCGUCCACUGAAAAUCGAAUUCGUAAAUAAUUUUAUCAAAAGCAAAAUCCUAAAGAAUUGCAGCAAACUCAAGGGUACAAAUAUCAGGAUCGCGAAUGAUCUCACUCUAAAGCAGAGACAGGACGGACAAUUAUUGAGGAAACAUCUUACUCUCGCUCGUUUGAAUGAUAAGAAUAGUAAUUGUUUCAUUAGAAGAAACAAACUCGUGGUAGACAACACAUCAUAUUCACCAGAAGAACUUGAAAAAUCUGAUACAAACGAAGAGAUAGUAGCAAAACCAAACAGUGCAACACCUAUUCCUGAGGUACCAAACACCUCUAUCAGAGGUAAGAAGCAAGACAAAGACAUCCUACCCGUUGGACAUAAACUCACAAGAAGCCGAACUGGACCAGGCUCAAUGAAUAGAUCGUGA